AUGGCUGAAGCACUCAUUUCCGUGCUCCUAGAACAGUUGGCCUCAAUCAUCCAAAAACAGGUAGAACAAGAGGUCACACUCGUUGUCGGUGUUGAGAAAGAAGUGGCAAAACUCUCCCACAAUUUCAAAGCUAUUCAAGUUGUGCUCGAGGAUGCAGAGGAGAGGCAAGUGAAGGAGCUGAACGUGAAAUACUGGCUGGAAAGUUUGAAGGAUGUAUCCUACGAGAUGGACGACGUGUUGGACGAGUGGAGUACUGAAAUCCUGAAACAACAAAUUCAGAAACAAGAAGCUGGUAAUGCUGGUAGUACUAGUACUACCAAGAAGGUAUGUUUCUGCAUUCCUGCCCCUUGGUUUUGUUUCGGCCGUCAAGUAGUUCUUCGUCAUGACAUUGCUGUGAAGAUAAAAGAACUAAAUGAAAGAUUAGCUCUGAUUGCUAGUGAAAGACAAAACUAUAACUUUCAACCCACGAAGAGAGGAAUUCAACAAAUUGAACGACAAAAAAGUUCUUCUUUCGUUGAUAAGACAUUUGGUCGAGUCGACGAAAAGGACAAAGUAGUAGAAAAGUUGUUGAGUGGCAGUGGUCAAGGAGGGGCGACCUGCCUUGUCAUCCCUAUUAUAGGGAUGGGAGGGAUUGGCAAGACAACUCUUGCCCAACUUGCCUAUAAUGAUGAAAAGGUUCAAGCCCAUUUCAACACUAGAAUAUGGGUUUGUGUCUCAGAUCCUUUUGAUGAGAUCAAAAUUGCCAAGGCCAUCAUUGAUGGUCUGAAAAAGGGGAAUACCCCAGCUUCAAAUGAGUUGCAAACACUCUUGGAGUUUAUACAUGAGUCUAUUAAGGGCAUGAAGUUCCUUCUUGUCCUAGAUGAUGUGUGGAACCAUAGAAAGUGGGAACAAUUAAAGUUACCUUUACAAAAUGGGGCUGUGGGAAGUAGAAUAUUGGUGACCACACGAAAAGAGGAAGUUGCGAGGAUGAUGGGAGCAUCCACUGAUAUUGUCAAUUUGAAGGUGUUGAGUGAAGAAAACUGUUGGGCAUUGUUCUAUCACAUUGCACUAGCUUAUAGAGAAAAAAAUGAGUCUAAAGGGUUAGAAUUUAUUGGUAAAGAGAUUGUAAAAAAGUGUAAGGGUUUGCCCCUUGCUGCAAAGGCAUUGGGUAGUCUCAUGCGCUGCAAGGAAACGAGGAAACAAUGGGAAGAUGUUUUGAAUAGUAAGAUAUGGGAGUUAGAUGUAAUUGAGGAACAAGUUUUCCAACCAUUGUUACUAAGUUAUUAUGAUUUGGCCCCGGCAAUCAAACAUUGUCUUUUGUAUUGUGUUAUUUUCCCAAAAGAUUAUAACAUUGUCAAAGAUGAGUUGAUUGAGUUGUGGAUGUCACAAAAUUCUCUUAAUUCAAUUGGAAACAAAGAAAAAGAAGCAGUAGGCGAAAUAUACUUUGAUAACUUAGUAAUGCGCUCUUUCUUUCAAGAAUUUAAGAAAGAUGAUCUUGGAAAUAUAACAGGGUGCAAGAUGCAUGAUGUUGUGCAUGACUUUCUACAAUUUCUAACUAAGAAUGAAUGCUUUGUUUUUGAGGCUGAAGGUGGUAAUAAUAAGAGAAUAAUGGAGUUUGAUGAUUAUAACAAGGUUCGUCAUUUGACAUUAAUGUUUGCACCCAAAGGUCCACUAAUUCCGAGUUCCUUGUGCAACUGCAAGAAUUUACGAACUCUUGCAACUUUUGAUUCAAAGAUUACUAGCUUUGUUCGAGUGUUAAUUUCACAAGUAAAAUGUCUUAGAACGUUGAAUCUAAGUGGUAAUUCCUUGAAAGAAGUUCCAAAUGAGGUUGGAGAAUUGGCACAUUUGAGGUAUCUUGAUUUGUCUAAAAAUCAUGAUUUGAUGAAAUUGCCAGACACCAUGUGUAAUUUAAUCAAUCUGCAAACCUUGAGACUCAUUAGCUGCUGGGCACUUGAAAGAUUACCUGAAGGCAUGGGAAAGCUGAUUAACUUGCAGCAUCUUCAUGUUAUGGAUUGUGAUAAUCUAAAGUUGCCCAAGGGGAUUGCAAGGUUAACAAGUCUACGAACGCUAGAUGAAGUUUACAUCCGUGGCAAUGAUGACGUUGAUAACAACAAAGAAGCAUUAUUCGAGUUAACCCACAUCCAAGAAGAAACAGUGAAUGCCUUACAACCACCUCCAAAUCUGGAAUCCUUCUCUAUUGAAAACUAUAGUGGCACCACACUCCGGCCCCAUUGGAUGACGUCGUUAAACAAAUUGAGAAGCCUUUACCUCAGAUUUUGCGACUUUGUUGAGUUUGUGCCUCCUUUGGGGAGAUUGGAGUCCCUUGAAGUACUCUGCAUCGUCAGUUGGUCCAGGGUGAAAAAGGUAGGAGUUGAGUUUUUGGGAAUAGAUGGAACAAUAGAAACGCAAACAUCCUCAUCACCACUUAUUUUAUUCCCAAGUUUGAAAAGACUUGAAUUCAUCUUGUUGCCGAAGUGGGAAAAGUGGGAAGGAAUGAGAGGGUGGAGUGAAGAGGAGGAUUCUCAUAAUACAAUUACAAUAAUGCCCUGCCUUUCUUCCUUAAAAAUUGAUUAUAUCCGUUCGCUUAAAACACUACCCAACUUCUUACGAAAUACACCACUGAAGGAGUUGGUCAUCGAUGCCUAUUGUCCGAUUCUUGCACAAGGUUGCCGAAAACGCAGAGGAGAGUGGCCCAAGAUUUCUCACAUCCCAAACAUCAUAGUUGGUAACAAAUUUGUACAAAAAGAUGGAGUUUACCAAACUGAUGAUGAUGAGACGCCAAGUGCCGCUUCCACUUCUUCUUCUGCUGCCAUUGCCAAAGCAGAGGAGCUGAGAGCUCUUCAUGCUGCUUUGGUGCAAGGAAGUAGCCCUGCAAAUCUCAGGUUCCCUUCUUCUUCCCCUGCCUCACGCCCUGUUUCUCAGUUCUCUGUGCGAGACUACCCUGUUUUCACACUUUUCGACCUCUACCUACCUAGUAAAGUUAUGAAGAUGAACCACCUGGUUGCCAUCAGGUUGACGAUGAAUCGAACAUUAUCUGAAAGUUGGGAUGAAUAUGGCCUAGAAGAAGGAAAUGGGGAUGAAGCAGUUCUAUCAAGUUACAAGGACAAGUCAUCUUCAACACAAGGGUUUCCAUUUGAUUUAGCCAACGUAGAGUCCUAUGCUUGCCCAGCUGAGGAUCAACAAUUAAAGUUAUCUUUACAAAAUGGGGCUGUGGCCCUGUGGGUAGUAGAAUAUUGGUGA